UGACUUGAAUCAUAACAGCCAUUGAAAGCAUGUUUUUUUUGACUCUGCGGUUCUCAAUUCGGCGUUCUUGUUUGUCACUUCUCGCAACAGGACGGGAGGACAGGACACACUAUGCUGAGAUCCCAGGCAGACUUUCCACCAUGCUGGAACUGGGCUCCUGUUCGGUCAGCUCUCAGUCUCUGACAGGGGACCACAAUGCUUUGGGACUACCUAGACCCCCAGAAGAGUCAGAAUGUCCAGUGGGUGGUCUGGAUCUGCGCAUGGGGGCGAUGUGCGAUAGCAGCACCCCAAGGCACCACAUCCUCCACCCGUCCCCAGCGGAUGAGAGCUGGCAAAAGCAUCGUGCAGGACUGGACAGAGGGCCCAGCCUGUAUUCUGAGUCCCACUCUCUCCUGGAACCCCAAAGUCUCUCAACCAGCUACGACAUCCUCUACUUCCCACACAUGUCUGGCCAUGCUCCCCCUCUGCACCCAAACCGCCUGGGCCUUUCUCUUGAUGUGGCCUCGACUUUCGACGUUGGUGGGAGGAUUUUGGGGGUGGAUGGAGAUUUGGCGAUCAGUCCCAAUGUGAUCAAGAGACGCCGGGGUGGCCUGAUCGAGCAGAGGGACAUUGUCAAAGCCCACCAGGCUCAUAAGAUACAUAGCACACCACAGGCACGACGCAAGGAGUGGGAAAUGGCCCGGUUUGGAGACGACGUCCCGGGCUUACUGAGCUCGGGGGAUGGAGGGUCCGAGCGCAACCGGAACCGCGAUGGGGCGGCUGUGUCCACAGGUGGCAUCUCCCCAGCCUUCAAGCAGACCAAAGCACAGCGUGCCCGCACCAUGGCCUUGUACAACCCCAUCCCGGUCAGGGAGAACUGCUUCACCGUCAACAGGUCCCUUUUCAUCUUUGGCGAGGACAACGUGGUCAGGAAGUACGCCAAGAAAAUCAUUGAGUGGCCUCCAUUCGAGUACAUGAUCCUCGCCACCAUCAUCGCCAACUGUAUCGUCUUGGCUCUGGAACAGCACCUUCCCGGAGAGGACAAAACGCCCAUGUCCAAGAGACUGGAGAAGACGGAGCCCUACUUCAUCGGGAUGUUCUGUUUUGAGGCUGGGAUAAAGAUCAUUGCCCUGGGCUUUGUAUUUCAUAAAGGUUCCUACCUCAGGAACGGAUGGAACGUCAUGGACUUCAUUGUGGUCCUCAGUGGGAUCCUGGCUGCAGCAGGGGCACAUAUGAACAUCUCAGUGGACCUGAGGACUCUGAGGGCGGUACGAGUGCUUCGACCCCUCAAACUGGUCUCAGGAAUCCCCAGUCUGCAGAUAGUCCUGAAGUCUAUAAUGAAGGCCAUGGUCCCUCUGCUGCAGAUUGGCCUGCUCCUGUUUUUUGCAAUCCUUAUGUUUGCCAUCAUUGGCCUGGAGUUUUACAGCGGCAAACUGCACUACACCUGCACACCACAGCGUGGAAUACUCGAAAAUGAGACGGUGGACUCCUCUGAGUUUGAGUUCCCGUGUGGCGUGCGUCAGUGUCCAGCCAAAUACACCUGUAGCGGUACCUGGAUUGGCCCUAAUGAUGGCAUCACCCAGUUCGACAACAUCCUAUUUGCUGUUCUCACUGUCUUCCAGUGCAUCACCAUGGAGGGAUGGACCACUGUACUCUACAAUACCGAUGAUGCCUUGGGCCCCAGCUGGAACUGGCUCUACUUUAUCCCUCUCAUCAUCAUCGGCUCUUUUUUUGUCCUGAAUCUGGUGCUGGGAGUCCUGUCUGGGGAAUUUGCCAAGGAGAGAGAGAGGGUGGAAAACCGCAGGGCCUUCAUGAAACUGAGACGCCAACAGCAGAUUGAGAGAGAGCUCAACGGCUACCGGGCCUGGAUCGACAGAGCAGAGGAGGUAAUGCUUGCUGAGGAGAAUAAGAAUGCGGGACCUUCAGCCCUUGAUGUGUUGAAGAGAGCCACCACCAUUAAGAGGAGAGGCAUGGAUGUGGUGCAUCGAGGGCAACCAGGGGAGGAACAAUAUGGUGACAUCUCCUCCUUGGGCAUUCCCAUGGCCAGAGCAAGUAUCAGGAGUGCCAAGCGGGGUCCUACAGCCUAUUUUCGGCGGAAGGAGCGUCUCCUGCGCAUUACCAUUCGCCGCGUGGUGAAGACUCACACUUUCUACUGGACAGUGCUUGGCCUAGUGGCCCUCAACACGCUGUGUGUGGCCAUUGUUCACCACAACCAGCCCGUCUGGCUGUCCAACUUCCUCUACUAUGCAGAGUUCCUUUUCCUUGCUCUGUUCCUGACUGAGAUGUUCCUGAAGAUGUACAGCUUGGGACCACGGCUCUACUUCCACUCCUCCUUUAACUGCUUUGACUGCAGUGUAAUUGUUGGCAGCAUCUUUGAAGUGCUGUGGGGUUUCUUCAGGCCUGGGACUUCCUUUGGAAUCAGUGUCCUGCGUGCCCUUCGUUUACUGAGGAUCUUCAAGAUCACCAAGUAUUGGGCGUCUCUGAGGAACCUUGUUGUCUCUCUGAUGAACUCCAUGAAGUCCAUCAUCUCCCUCAUUUUCCUUCUCUUCCUCUUCAUCGUUGUCUUCGCGCUCCUUGGCAUGCAGCUCUUCGGUGGCAGGUUCAUCUUUGAAGACUACACCCCAACAAACUUUGACACCUUUCCUGCAGCAAUCAUGACUGUCUUUCAGAUCCUGACUGGAGAGGACUGGAAUGAGGUUAUGUACAAUGGUAUUCGCUCUCAAGGAGGAGUGAAGUCCGGCAUGUGGUCCUCCAUCUACUUUAUAGUGCUCACAUUGUUUGGAAACUACACUCUGCUGAAUGUCUUCUUGGCCAUUGCUGUGGAUAAUCUUGCGAAUGCACAAGAACUCACCAAGGAUGAAGAAGAAGCAGAGGCAGCAUUCAACCAGAAGCACGCUCUCCAGAAGGCAAAGGAGGUCGGACCGUUGUCCUCCUUCAUGUCUUCAGAGGGAAGCCGUAGAAGGCGGCCCUACCUGUACAGGAAAAGAGCCAUCCACCGCAGCCGGCCUACCUACUCCUGCUCCCUGGAGGAGGCGCAGGGCAGCAUCAAGGAGGGCCGCCCUCCCCGACCACUCAACCCCUCUAACUCUUUCAUGUCCAGGAGAGAAAGAAGAAAAAGAAUGACCAUGUCAGUGUGGGAGCAGAGGACCAGCCAGCUGCGGAGACACCGCCAGAUGUCCAGCCGAGAGAUCCUGUUCAGCAGCCCCAGUGAAGAGAAGGACGGGCCUCCUGCUCCAGCCCAGGCCCAGCAUGCACAUCCACUGUCGUUGCACCGCAAGGCUAUGCAGCACACGCCUUCGGGGAGUUUGAAGUGCCAGACAGACCCCCUUGCCUCCCCAGCCGCUAUCUCGGGUGACAUACCUGAACCCCCAAUGUCAGUGCCAGAGUCACUGGAUCCCACGAACGUGCCUCCUCCUGAUGCGUCUGUGUCUAUGACCAUACCAGAGCCUCCUGAAUCAGAUCCUGUCUCUGAGAGUGGAAAACUGGGUGUUAAUCAGAGUCACAGCACCAUCACUGAGUGUCGGAGCCCUAGAUUGAAUGGCGAUCGCCAACACAGGGCAGUGAAGAAGUUCAGACCACCAGAGAACGCUGACACACUGACUCCAGAGAUGAGAGGCCUCGGUGGGAUCGGGGACAGGAGGGCGCUGUAUCACUGUGACCAUCACAGCGGAGCCAGAAAUCAGGGGUCAUCUUCUGGGAACAGAAAACCCUUGGCAAGUCGCUCGGUCAGCAAAGAGAGGAAGAGAAUCCGAGGGAAAGUAGAGGAGAAGGAAGUGGAGUCCAAAAAGGAGGAGGAGGUGUCCAAACCUGAGGAGAGCAGACAGGACGACUGGAGCGACACAAACCCACAAGACAACCAGAGCCACACUGGUGACCAGAAGCAGGAAGACCUUCCUCAAUCAGACCCUUCUUCACCUGCCAUACCGGAGGACGACAAAGAAGAGAAAGAGACAGAGCAGGACCAGGACAAAUGUCAGCUCAGCUCCAGCGUGAUUGUAGAGGUGCCCAAUGUGCAGUCAUGUCUGGAGCUCUCUACGAUCACAGUCAACAGUAAGGACCCUGAAACCUGUAAGUCAGAGAAGGAGGAGGCCGAGGAGACAAACCCUGUCAACACUGUGACUCCGAACAGCAUGUUCAUCUUCAAACCUGAAAACCCGGUGCGUCGAGCAUGUCACUAUGUGGUGAACCUCAGGUACUUUGAAAUGUCCAUCCUGCUGGUUAUAGCCGCUAGUAGUAUAGCACUAGCUGCUGAGGACCCUGUGGCUACCUCCUCUGACUGGAAUAAGGUUCUGCGUUAUUUUGAUUAUGUGUUUACUGGAGUCUUCACAUUUGAAAUGAUUAUAAAGAUGAUUGACCAGGGUCUGAUCCUCCAUGAUGGCUCCUACUUCAGAGACCUGUGGAACAUCCUAGACUUCAUCGUCGUGGUGGGAGCACUGGUGGCCUUCGCCCUCACCAAUGUGAUGGGAAAUAACAAAGGACGGGACAUUAAAACCAUCAAAUCUCUGAGAGUGUUGCGUGUCCUCAGACCGCUGAAGACCAUCAAGAGACUUCCUAAACUCAAGGCGGUUUUUGACUGCGUGGUGACGUCUCUGAAGAAUGUCUUCAACAUCCUGAUUGUCUACAAACUUUUUAUGUUCAUCUUUGCCGUCAUUGCUGUGCAGCUCUUUAAGGGGAAGUUCUUCUACUGUACCGACAGUUCAAAGGACACAGAGAGGGACUGCCAGGGUUACUACAUUGACUAUGGGAAAGACAAGAAGGAGGUGAAGAGAAGAGACUGGAAGAGGCACGAGUUUCACUACGACAACGUCAUCUGGGCUCUGCUCACCCUCUUCACUGUUUCCACUGGAGAGGGUUGGCCUCAGGUCCUGCAGCACUCAGUAGAUGUGACCGAGGAGGACAGAGGGCCAAGCCACGGCAACAGGAUGGAGAUGUCGAUCUUCUACGUCAUCUACUUUGUUGUCUUUCCUUUCUUCUUCGUCAACAUCUUUGUGGCUCUCAUCAUCAUCACCUUCCAGGAACAGGGGGAUAAGAUGAUGGAGGAGUGCAGCCUGGAGAAGAAUGAGAGGGCGUGCAUAGAUUUUGCCAUCAGCGCCAAGCCCCUGACCCGUUACAUGCCACAAAACCGUCACACGUUCCAGUACCGUCUGUGGCAUUUUGUGGUGUCACCCUCUUUUGAGUACACCGUCCUGGCCAUGAUCGCUCUCAACACCAUUGUACUGAUGAUGAAGUAUUACUCUGCCCCGCCGGCGUAUGAGGCCGUACUGAAGCACCUAAACACAGCUUUCACUGUUCUCUUCUCUGUUGAGUGUGUCCUCAAGAUUAUGGCCUUCGGCUUUCUGAACUACUUUCGAGACACAUGGAACAUUUUUGACUUCAUCACUGUCUUGGGCAGCAUCACUGAGAUCGUGGUAGACCUGCAGUUUGUUGAUACAUUCAACAUGAGUUUCCUGAAACUGUUCCGAGCUGCUCGUCUGAUCAAACUACUGAGACAAGGUUACACCAUCCGGAUUCUUCUGUGGACCUUCGUGCAGUCCUUCAAGGCCUUGCCCUACGUCUGCCUGCUCAUUGCCAUGCUCUUCUUCAUCUACGCCAUCAUUGGCAUGCAGGUGUUUGGGAACAUAAAGCUGAAUGAGGAGACUCACAUUAACCAGCACAACAACUUCAAGACCUUCUGUGGUGCUCUGAUGCUGCUAUUCAGGAGUGCCACAGGGGAGUCAUGGCAGGAGAUCAUGUUGUCGUGUCUGGAGGGGCAGCAGUGUGAGACGGACCCUUCUCUUACGUCCAACCAGGAGGGGGGCUGUGGCUCCGACUUUGCCUAUUUCUACUUUGUCUCCUUCAUUUUCUUCAGUUCCUUUCUGAUGCUGAACCUAUUUGUGGCUGUGAUCAUGGAUAACUUUGAGUAUCUAACGAGAGACUCAUCCAUCCUGGGUCCCCACCACCUGGAUGAGUUUGUCCGGAUCUGGGGGGAGUAUGAUCGUGCCGCCUGUGGUCGUAUCCAUUACACAGACAUGUAUGAGAUGUUGACCAACAUGUCGCCACCUCUAGGCCUGGGCAAGAAAUGCCCCUCCAAGGUGGCAUAUAAGAGACUAGUCCUAAUGAACAUGCCAGUGGACGAUGACAUGUCCGUCCACUUCACCUCCACCCUCAUGGCCCUCAUCCGCACUGCUCUGGAAAUCAAGAUAGCCAGAGGGGGAGAGGAUAGAAAUCAGAUGGACCUGGACCUGCAGAAGGAGAUCAGUGUCAUCUGGCCUCACCUCUCUCAGAAGACAGUGGACCUGCUGGUUCCCAUUCACAAAGCCAGUGACAUGACCAUAGGGAAGAUAUACGCUGCCAUGAUGAUCAUGGACUACUACAAGCAGAGCAAGGCUAAGAAGCUCCGACAGCAACUAGAGGAACAGAAACAUGCUCCCAUGUUCCAGCGUAUGGAUGCCUCAUCUCUGCCUCAGGAAAUCCUAUGCAAUGCCAAAUCCCUGUCAUUCCUCAGUCAUAGUGCCGGAUCUGCUCUCACCAGAGGAGGUUUCGUGGCGCUCAGCCCCAUUUCUCCACAAGAGAUGUUCCUGCAGCCGCUGUCUCGCUCCAGGGAGGAGAAGGAGGAGGAGGGUGACGACGACUACCGUUCACCCUACCACCCCUUCCACCAUCCACAUCAUCACCACCAUUUACACACGCUGGUGCCAGAUGUAGUGGAGUAUAACCAACUGAUGCAGCAGACCAUGCAGGACCCAACAGUCAUUAAAUCACCUCAGCGAACAGCAUCUAUCAGAGCGUCCUCCAUGCCUAGACUGGCUGUUGAUCCACAGCCUGGGAUGUCAGCAGACAGUAAGCUGAUGAAGCGCUCCUUCUCCACCAUCGGAGAUCAGUGUGUGAACGACCUCUGGCAGGAGCAACACUCUCUGGAGAGAGUCAGUCCUGACGGCACAUACAGACCCCGACAGAAGAGCUACAGAGGCCCAAGAAUCAACCACAGAGAAACAAGUAGUCACGAGAGAGGGAGAUCUAAGGAACGGCGCCACCUACUGUCUCCUGACGUGUCCCGCUGCAACUCUGAGGAGCGAAGCCGGGACCCUUCAUGUGAGAGAAGACAGUCCCGCUCACCUAGCGAAGGACGCACACACAACUUCCAGAGACAGGUGAACACAUCAGGCAGCGCUGCCCCCUCAGCCUCAGAGUCCAGUACUCCUCGUAAUCGACGCCAGCUGCCCCAGACACCCUCUCGCCCGCGGCCUUACAUCUCCUAUUCCCCUCUGGUUUGCAGAGCCCAACCCUCUCCCACACCAGCAACCUCCUCUGAGGGACAGACCCAGCCUCAGGACGGCCCUUGUGGCUCCACAGAGUCCUCGUGGAGGGCUGACAAGGAGGGCAGGCCCCUGACUGCAGGUCAGGGGUCAUCGGGAGGGCAGGCUUCAGGACCGAGUCACCCAUCUCCUCACCGCUACAUCUCAGAGCCCUACCUUCCGCUCCAUGAGGCCCUUGGCAGAGGCGAGGCAGGCGAGAAGCAGGAGACCCUUACCUUUGAGACUGCCAUGGCAACCAGCCUGGGACGGGCCAACGCAAUAAGCUCCGCCCCUCAACUCAGACACUCCUGGCAGGUUCCUAACGGGCAUUUCCGUAAGCAAUUGGGCCAGACGAGUCCGGCUGGAGCUAGCGAGCUGCUAAGUGACACAGACGAAGACGACCGCUGCUAGAACACCAGAGAGGGAGAGGAAGAGGAUGCACAGAGUGACUGGGCACCUCAGAGCAGCUCUUCACGGCAUCACAAGCUCUGAGACCUUGUAUUCUCAGCACCAGUAGCAUAACAGGCUGGAUUGAAUGCCGCUGCUGUUUAUCUGGAUACUUGGGUGUCUGUCUUCAACGUGUCCUUGCUUGCGUGUCUGUUGUAACUAGAGGGAGGCUAUGUAUGUGAACAUGGGUGUGUUUUUAUGUGUGUUCCUGCUCUCAGUCUAGAGAAAAUUUGCCAAAUCAAAAGAGUCUGACGGUACCAUGAGUAGCUCACUGCGGGUAAAUCCAAACGUUGCCAAGCCUUCCCGCACAAGUUAGUGUUUUGAUUGUUAUUUGACCAAAAUAUGGUGAGACGUCGAUCCAAGGUGUCCAAUUCUCUCAUUGAAUCCAAGAAACUGAUUUAAGUGCAUUUUGUGUAAGUGAACAUAGAGGUAGCAUGUAAAAAUGUAAUAUGAUGAAUGUAUUUUAGCUUUUGGUUCUUCUGUUCAGGUCAUUUGAGAAUGUUGUUUUUAGUCUUUGCUGUGCAUAGUUGUAAGAGUAGCAAUGAAACAAGGUUCAUUCAGCCAGAUUUUGCCAGUUUAUGACCGGCAACCAGCCAUUCCCAACAGUUCAUGUUUACAAAAACAAUAUCCACAUGAUUCAUGGGCAUUAUACAGUCACUAAUCAAUGAGUAGUCAACACAGGAAAUAGAGUUGCACACCUGAGCUAAACCUCUAGCGAUGGUCGAGUUAUUUUUCUGCCCUUCAUCUGCAGCCCAGUACACGUUUAUGUCGGCUCUGUGGUUUGAAAAAAAUGCCGAAGAUCUGGAACAGAUUACAGAAUAAGAGAUGCUUUGUCUCAGGAUACUGGACCAUCGGUUUUGUAAUAUAUUAUCUCCUGAAACCUUAAGAUGUUCUUCAGAUCUUGGACCUAAAAUGAACUGUUCAGUCAGACAUGUCAGUCAGCAUGAUAUCCAACGACAAGACUGUCACAAGGACCGGACCAGUAGAGAUUUCACACAGGCCCUGUGGUCCACAUCUGCUCUGUUCAUGGACUAUAAUGGUUUUGACUAAUAAUAAUAACCAUCUGUGGGACAGACAGCCAAAUGGGUGUUCGUUCUCCACAUUACAGUGCUGGAUAACCACUGUCGAUGUUAUGCCGGAGAGGUGACUAAAGCCAUUUUCUUCGUGUACAUACAGCCGAGGAUGUUUCUUCAGGAUGUGUUGCCUUCUUUCGCGUGGUGACCAAAAUGAUGAGAAAUGAAAUGUCCUUUAAACAUGUGAUGCAAAUGAUUUCAACCACUCGGAUGCUUUUACAAAAGAAGAAUCCCAGUCACAGCAUGGACACAUCUGGACUGAGGACCCACAGGUCAGAAGAGAUCGCACCAACCUGCUGGAGCCCUAAACAGAAAGUCCUGGACUGAAAAGAUGUAUUUCAGUGGAGAAACCUCCUUUGAAGUGUGUUGACUUCGAGGCUCGAUUUAUACAGUACACAGGUUAGGUAAAGGCUACAGCCUGUAGUUUCUAUGGCCGUGCUUGACAUGUACAAUGCAGCCUAGGACUUGAACAUGAUGUCCGUUUGUACAGAGCAGCCUAAUCUGUGCCUGGGGACACUCGCCCAAACAGUUCCCUUUCAAGCCUGGAUUUCCUAGAUAGAGAAGCUUUCUGGUAAAUAUGUAGUAUAAACUGUACAAAAUAAAUCCGUGUUUAAUUUCUUGCACUGUUUAUAUUUUAUUUAAAUCAUGAUGCCUGUCUAUGACUUAAACAAAAGAAGUGUUUACAUAUCUGUUCAAAGGAUCAU